UUUUGUGUGGUGGUGGUGGUUCUUGUUUUUAUCAUGUAUUUCCUACUUUUAUGUUGUAUUUUUGUGUUGUGAGCCACCUUGAGAUCUGCGAGUGAAGGGUGCUAUAUAAAAUUUAAAAAUUAAUAACAACACCAACAAAAACAAUAAUAAGUCAAAUACUCAUUAGCUGUGUGGUUCUGGAUCUAGACCUGCUCUGAAUGUGGUCAUUGGUGUUGGAACAUAUUUUUGUGAUUCUGACUUCAGGUAACGUCUGUAAAUUGCCAAACAUUGGCUGAAAAAAGAAUUCUAAAGAUACCUGUUAUAGCUGGUGGAUAGAAGAGUGGAAGUGUACUGCCCUUUUGGCAUGAAACAAGUUCAUUAUUUUGAAAGCGUUCUGCCAGUCAGCAUCUGGCUUAUCUGCUAUAUAACUACUGCAAAACAGAUACAAGAUUUGUCUUGCCUGCUUUUCAAAACAGAAAUGUAUCGCUUGAUUAUGUUGUUAAAUCUUCAUUGUGAUGUUGAUAGUUUCUAGCGCUACUCAUAACGUGUCUGGGCAAACCUAUUAAAGCUUUGUUUGCAGUUUACUGUAUUGCUUUACAGUUUGUAAAACAUGUAUCAGGCUGUUUUUACAUUCAUGUUUGGGUUUUUUCCCCUUCAGUAGUUCUAUUUUUAGAAAGAAAAACUGGUUGAAAGGACUUUGCUUCAUUCUUCAUCUUUCUUUUUCUUUUUCUUUUUUUAGUGGUCUAAAAAGUACUGUACUCCUGUUUUCCUUUAGGAGUACUGCAAGUCUUGCCAUAUGUAAUUGGUAGGCACAUUUGGCUUGUGUGGCUGAAAGUAGCACAUACCUGCUUGAUAAAAGUAGAAUCGAAGGAUAAGGAGAGUAAGGAACUGUGGCUUCUUUUCUUUUCUUUUUUGGACACUAAAUGUGUAAUGAAAGGAGAUAUCAGACAUGACAUUACGCAUUCUCUCAGAGGUGCAGUUGAGUUGGUGGAAUGCAAAAUGAGCAGAACUCAAAGGUAAAAUGUACAUUUGUUGCUCCAUCCACUUGUUUCUGGAUCCACCCGCCACUGACAUGUGGCUCUCAGGCUGGAAAAGAUCCCCCUUUAAUAUAUACUGUUAGGUUGCAAUGAGGUAGAAUUGUGAGGGAGCUAGUUCUUGUUGAAAGUAUGCACUACACUGGUACUGAAAGUCCUGUUUUCAUGGAUGUUUGCAAGCAUGAUUUCUGUUGCAACUAAGUAGAAAGAAGCUGGUUAUCAUGUCUAGAAGAGCUUUCCUAAUACAGCUACACUAGAGAGACCACACAUGGGUCUGUGUGGAAAGGGGAGUAUAAAUGUUUUGCAAGUAAACUGCUAGCGCAAAAUAAAUUGCUUAAAAUCAGGACCCCACAGGCUCUUGCUGACCUUUUACAUGUUGGUGGCUUGUCUCAUCCACUUACUACUCUCAUGCCCACUACUCCCUCAGAUCUCAUCCAUAUCUGAGCAUUAAUCCUGGAUCUCUUACUUGGAGAACCAUUUCUAGGGGGGGAAAUGUCAUGGUGAUGAAAGAACUGGACUUGGGGGAGGAGUUGCUAUUUGCUAAAGAGUUCUUUUGCUGUUGUUUAGUCGUUUAGUCUUGUCCGACUCUUCGUGACCCCAUGGACCAUAGCACGCCAGGCACUUCUGUCUUCCACUGCCUCCCGCAGUUUGGUCAAACUCAUGUUCGUAGCUUCGAGAACACUGUCCAACCAUCUCAUCCUCUGUUGUCCCCUUCUCCUUGUGCCCUCAAUCUUUCCCAACAUCAGGGUCUUUUCCAGGGAGUCUUCUCUUGAGGUGGCCAGAGUAUUGGAGCCUCAGCUUCAAUACUUGGCAUUUCCUUUACUCUCAUAAACAACACUGAGGUGCCAAAUAGUUAACCCUGGACACAAGGAGGGUGGAAAGUCACAGAAGACAAUUAGAUGGCAAUGGUUAAGAUAAUUUGCUUUGAAAACAGUUUUUUUGAAUUCUGGUCUGGAAAGUUAUAGCAACCUAACAAGGACAUUUUUUAAAAUGUAAGUAACCACUGCAAAUCAAACUGGGAAGUAAGAACAUUUGGAGAUUGUAAGAUUUUUUUGUAAUGCACACAGGGAAAUUCUGUAUCUUGAGGAAAACAGAGUUUGAAUAUGAAGCAGAAUGAUACCUGGCAGUCCGUGAUCUCCGUCGAGUUGCCUUGGUGCAUUGUGUCGACUGUGCCGUGUGACCUGGGGCUCUUGGGUCUGUCAUCUGAUGCUUGAUGAUGGGUGAGCCGAGCCCGACACACCCGGGCAAUGUGUCCUGAUUUUCUGCACUGCCUGCACUCUGUGUUGUGGAAACAGAAGGUCCUCCUCUUGUGGCUCUCCCCACAGCUUGCACAGUUCCCUCCUCAUCAAGACUGCUGUGGUGUGUGUGCUGCUUGAGUGCAUCUCCUCCCUGUCAGAUUCUGAGUAGUUGGCGAGAUAUUCAUGGUGGACCCUUGGUUUGGAUGGCGGGCCCGGUCGUGCCUCUUGCGUCAACCUCUCGGCAGCUUCGGUUGCCAAGGCUUCCUCCAGAGCGACCUGGAACGUGAGGUCUUUUUUGGCGUAGAGGCAUCGUUGCAGCUUCUCGUCCCUCAGGCCACCAACAAGGCGGUCAUGAAGCAUGUUCUCCAACUCUGAGAAGUUGCAUAACCAGGCAGCUUGGCGGAGGGAGGUCACAAACCCAGUUAUGGUUUCCCUGGGGGCUUGCCUCUUUGCGUAGAAGGCAUUUCAGCAAGCUACCACCAAGGGCUGCGGCGAGAAGUGCCCCUUCAGCCGUUCCAUUAUUGCUGGGUAAGAAAUGGUAGCGACAUCUUCCGGCGCAAGGAGAGCCCAGGCAAUUUCGAAUGUCUCCUCUCUGCAGACUCUGAAGAAUGUCGCCCUCUUCUUGGCAUUCACUUCCACCUGGAGCUGGAUUGGGUGGCUCCUGCGAACCAAUCAGACUGCUGCAUUCUGGAUCCUAUUGUUAUUGGAUUCAGCUCAGUACAUAACACAUACCGUACAUACAACUUUGGAAUUUUUUUUUGGAACAUAUACAAAGUUUUACAUGAAGAAUUCUGCACCUUUUGCACUUUAAAGUUGUGUUGUUCAGAGUACAGAUCCUUGCAGGUUUGGUUUUUUUGUGGGAAGUUUAUAGACAUCAUUUCAUGUGAUCUGACUGUGUACAGUGUUUGGGGGACACUGGAGUGUGGAAUAACAAAUUGCUGAGUGGGGGGAACUAGAACCGUGAAAGUGGGCAUAGGUUUCCAUGAUUUUUUUACUUGUAAGUUCAGUUCUUGGGGAGCUUCUCAACUUUUUCCCUCUCUAGCAGAUUGUAGUGGUGUUGGCAGUUGGAUAUUCUUCCAGGAAAAGUGGAUUUUUGUUUAAUAUGAACUAUUAAUGUGACUUAAUUUAUUAAAACAAGGUCUGAAUCCUCACAGAUUCUGUAAAGUUUCAUUCAGAUACUUGGAGGCAAAUAUCUGUCAUAAAUAGAGUUAUGGAAUUAAAGGUCUUACUGGAGUAUUUGUGUGUACAGUUAAAUGCUUUGAUAUAUCUACAGUCAUACCUUGACAUCCAAACGCUUCGACUUCCGAAGGUUUCGACUUCCGAAGUUGACAACCCUCGGAAGUCCUUUCGCUGUGCGUGCGUUCUGCGUUGGUGCAGAAGUGCGAAGCGCUUCAACAUCCGAAAACCUCGACUUACGAAGACGGCCACGGAACGGAUCGUCUUCGUAAGUCAAGGCGAUGGGAUUCCAAGGGAAAGCAGCCCAUUUAUCAAUAAUGACAGCAUGGAGAGAGGAAACAUUUAUGAAGGGAAAAAUAUGGCUCUUUUUGAGGAAGAAAUGGAUAGCAACCCCAUGGUAUCAUCUCUUCUUAAUAAGCUAGCCAACUAUACCAAUGUUACUCAAGGAGUGGUAGAACAUGAAGAAGAUGAAGAUAGCAAACGUAAGGAAAUAAAGGCUCCACGUAUGGGCACUUUCAUUGGUGUGUAUCUGCCCUGUCUACAGAACAUUUUAGGAGUUAUCCUAUUCCUGAGACUGACAUGGAUUGUGGGAACAGCAGGAGUUCUUGAAUCUUUCAUCAUUGUAUUCAUGUGCUGUUCUGGUACUCUGCUAACUGCAAUAUCAAUGAGUGCAAUAGCAACAAAUGGUGUAGUUCCAGCUGGUGGAUCAUACUACAUGAUCUCAAGAGCAUUAGGGCCGGAAUUUGGUGGAGCUGUGGGAAUCUGUUUUUACUUGGGCACAACUUUUGCAGGGGCUAUGUAUAUUCUUGGCACAAUUGAAAUUCUACUGAAAUACAUUUCCCCCAAUGCUGCUAUUUUUGAAGGUGCUGGGGAGGAAGUCAUGUUAAACAACAUGAGAGUUUAUGGGACAUGCAUCCUUGCUCUGAUGGCCCUCGUUGUUUUUGUGGGAGUCAAAUACGUCAAUAAGCUUGCCCUCGUCUUUUUGGCUUGUGUAAUUCUUUCAAUUUUUGCCAUUUAUGCUGGGGUUAUUAAAACUGCUUUUGAACCACCAAACUUUCCCAUUUGCCUUCUUGGAAAUCGUACAUUAGUAAGAGAUGGUGAUAUUCCUUGUGUCAAAUAUUAUGAAGAAAACAAUAUGACAGUGACUACUAAGCUGUGGGAAAUUUUCUGUGGUAGCCCACUGUUAAAUGCUACAUGUCAGGAAUAUUUCAUUCUAAACAACCUCACAGAAAUCCAGGGGAUUCCAGGAGUCGCAAGCGGAGUCCUCUUUGAUAAUUUGUGGAGUGUGUAUGGAGACAAAUUCGCAUUUGUGGAGAAACAGGAUCAGCCAUCAGUUCCUGUUUUAGAAGAGACAGAUGUGAAUAUUAAACACUAUGUGUAUUCGGAUAUCAUGACCUAUUUCACUAUGCUAGUAGGAAUUUAUUUUCCAUCUGUUACAGGCAUUAUGGCAGGUUCAAACAGGUCAGGAGAUCUUCGGGAUGCUCAAAAAGCUAUUCCAACUGGAACAAUUCUGGCCAUUUUAACAACAUCAUUUAUCUAUUUGUCCUGCAUCGUACUUUUUGGAGCCUGUAUAGAAGGAGUCGUCUUGAGAGACAAAUUUGGACAAGCAGUUAAUGGAAACCUGGUGAUUGGUACAUUGGCAUGGCCCUCUCCAUGGGUCAUUGUGAUUGGCUCAUUCUUUUCCACAUGUGGUGCUGGUCUCCAGAGCCUCACUGGUGCUCCCCGGCUGCUACAGGCAAUUGCAAGAGAUGGCAUAGUACCAUUUCUUCAUGUGUUUGGUCAUGGAAAAGCAAAUGGAGAACCAACAUGGGCUUUGCUUCUCACUGCGUUGAUUUGUGAAAUAGGCAUUCUCAUAGCUUCCCUGGACAGUGUAGCUCCAAUCCUUUCCAUGUUUUUCCUUAUGUGCUAUCUGUUUGUGAACUUGGCAUGUGCAGUUCAAACUCUGCUCCGUACACCAAAUUGGAGACCUCGUUUCAAGUAUUAUCACUGGACUCUCUCAUUCUUGGGGAUGAGUUUGUGUCUUGCCUUGAUGUUCAUUUGCUCUUGGUACUAUGCUUUGGUAGCCAUGCUAAUAGCAGGAUGUAUUUACAAAUACAUAGAAUACAGAGGAGCUGAAAAAGAGUGGGGAGACGGAAUCCGGGGUUUGUCCUUGAAUGCUGCUCGCUAUGCUUUGCUUCGGGUUGAACAGGGUCCUCCUCAUACUAAAAACUGGAGGCCACAAGUCUUGGUUCUGCUGAACUUGGAUUCAGAGCAGAUGGUAAAACACCCACGGCUGCUUUCCUUUACCGCUCAAUUGAAAGCUGGGAAGGGACUGACCAUUGUAGGAUCUGUCCUUCCAGGAAUAUACUUGGAUAAAUUCACAGAAGCUCAAAGGGCUGAGGAGAAUAUUCGAUCAUUAAUUGGAGCAGAGAGGACCAAAGGAUUUUGCCAGAUUGUGGUUUCAUCCACUGUUAGAGAUGGAAUUUCCCAUUUGAUUCAAUCUGCUGGCCUUGGAGGCAUGAAGCAUAACACAGUCUUGAUGGCAUGGCCUCAGUCCUGGAAGCAUACUGAUAAUCCUUUCUCUUGGAAAAACUUUGUUGACACUGUUCGAGAAACAACAGCUGCACAGCAAGCUCUUCUAGUUGCCAAAAAUAUAGACUUGUUCCCUACAAAUCAAGAGCGUUUUAGUGAGGGCAACAUAGAUGUUUGGUGGAUUGUUCAUGACGGAGGCAUGUUGAUGUUGCUUCCUUUCCUGCUGCGACAACACAAGGUGUGGAGAAAAUGUAAAAUGCGCAUCUUUACUGUAGCUCAAAUGGAUGACAAUAGUAUUCAAAUGAAAAAGGAUCUCCAAAUGUUUUUAUACCAUCUUCGAAUUAAUGCUGAGGUCGAGGUUGUUGAAAUGUUUGAAAAUGAUAUUUCAGCAUUUACGUAUGAGAAGACCCUUGUGAUGGAGCAGAGAUCUCAGAUGCUAAAGCAAAUGCAGCUUUCUAAAAAUGAAAGGGAAAGAGAGAUUCAGAGCAUCACUGACGAGUCUCGUGGCUCAAUCAGAAAGAAGAGCCGCUCUAGCCCACAAUGUAUUGGUCAAGAUGUAGACAAUCUGCUACCUAAUGACAUUCAGGAGGAAGAGGUAGAAAUUGCUCAGUUAAUCCAUGAUAGAAACACAGCAUCCCGCUCAACCGGCAUGGUCAAAUCUCAAACUGCUAUUGCUACGCCAGACAAAAUACAAAUGACCUGGACAAAAGAAAAGCUUAUAUCCGAGAAGCAUAAAAAUAAAGAAGCUUGUCUGUCAAGCUACAAGGAUAUCUUCAGUAUGAAACCGAACCAGUCGAAUGUGCGAAGGAUGCACACUGCCGUCAAGCUCAAUGGAGUUGUGCUAAACAAGUCGCAACAUGCCCAACUGGUGUUAUUGAACAUGCCUGGUCCUCCAAAAAACAGGCAUGGGGAUGAAAAUUAUAUGGAGUUCUUGGAAGUUUUGACAGAAGGCUUGAACAGAGUGCUCUUGGUACGAGGAGGAGGUCGUGAAGUUAUCACCAUUUACUCCUAAUAAUUUUACUGAACACACCAAUAUUACUACACACAACAUCUGUUUCUGGAAUUAAAUGUGGGAUUUUGGCAAAUCUUGUUGGGACUAAUGACUUUUGCCCAGCCCUAUUUAUUGCAUACAAAAUAGAAUCAAACAGUUGAAUCCUCUUUUUUUUUCUUUUAUAAAAUUAUGUAAGCAAAAUUAUUUCCUACAUAGAUCUCUAAAAUGUGUCUUUAUUGAAUAAAUGUAUUAUAUGCUUGUAUAUUUUUUUAAUGUAGAAAACUGGGAGAUGAUUUUUUUUGUUGUUCUGGGGAUUAGGGUGGGACACAGAGGGGCAUACCUUUUGCACAUAGCUCCUAGUAAACACAAUAGCUGCUUCUUUGACAUAGGAACAGACUCCUAAGUUUGUACUACUUUUUAUAAUGAUGGUUUUUAAAAAAGAAAAUGAAGAAAUGGGGCUUCCAGGAACCAUUUUAUAAGAGUCUGGCCUACAUAUUUUGUACCAUUGACCCUGCUGACUGGAAGCAGGUUCUGUCUCCUUACCAAGUCUUUAUGGUUCUGUAUUCAUUUUAACCCACAACUCUGUGAAUUGUUUAGCAUUGUAUUUUAAUUAAAGAUCACUGGUUGAAUAAAAGUCCUUUGAUUUAGGAACCACAAUUUUGACUUCCUGAAAGUGGCCCUUAUGAGUCCAGGCUUAAAUUGUUGCUGAAAGCUGAGUCUACCUUAAAAAGAUAAUACUUCACUUACAAAUAGAGCAAGAUCUGAUCUUAUUUUUAGAAUGUUGUUUUGGAGUGUCUUGUUUUUAAGGUUUUGAACCCCAGCUCUUAGUUUUUAGGAGAGAAGAAAGGAAGAAAUCCACUAGAAUAAAUCAUUUAAGCCUUUGAAGUUACACAUGUCCAGCUGCUGUAGGGAAAUGGAAGACAUCAGGAUGCAAAAACUUGACAACUAAGAAUACUCUGCUCUUAAGCAAUAUUGACUGGACCCUAUAAAUGGCAAAAUAAAAGUCUAAAAUUCAUUCUCUAAUACACUUGCCUACCUAUAAGCGGCAUAGUACCCGUUUCAUUUAGUAGGCAGGGAGUGGCUGGAGUUUUACUUCUUCCUCAGAUUUCUGGUAAAUGCCUGACUUCACCAGAUCAACACAUGCCUACUAUCAGUCCUCCAUCCUCUUGGGCAUGACUGUUCCACUUCCCUGACUUCCUGCACCAAAAGCAUAACUAUAUAUUUUGACUCAAUAUUGGAAGGGGGCUCUUCUGGAGACCCAAAUGUGAAACUGAAAUAUUAUAAAUAAGAUAUUUUGUACAGAUGCAGGUAGAAUCAAGCAACUGAGAGUUAAAUACAGCAGGUGACGAGUGCAAAAUAUGUCACUUGGUAACAGCACCAGCAGUGUUAUUACUUAGUUAAAGUGGAAAUUCUGGAUAUUUCACCAUGAGAAAAACCUUAAGUGUUCUUUAAUGGCUUUUGUGGAGGUUUUUUGUUGUUGUUUUUUUUGAGGGGGUGGAAAUGCAAAUAAAUAUAGAAUUACUUAUUAGAUCAAACCUUUAUCACAUUUAAAAAUGUAUUGUGCAUAAGUUAGGUUGGCAUCCAUCUUGGGAGACAAUGGAAGUGUGUGCCUUCAAGGGUUAUGUCAAACAAUUGGAGAGUUACAGUGCCUGCUGUGUUUGUAGAGAUGAAUACAGGAGAGACAUGUUUUGUUGCAGCUGGGGCAGAUGAAGGCAUCCAGUUGUGCCGCAGCAGGUGCACCAUUUCUUCCCUCUGUGCUCCUCCCAGCAGUCAUUCCUCCUCUGGUCACUGCUGUGGAUCGUUUAAGAAAUGUAUUAUACAUAAGUUACCCAUGCAUGAAAUUAGAACUGUUUGAUAUAUUGGUGAGAUUUUUCAAACAAUAACUGUAAAUAUAACCGUUGUUAGAGAUGGGAUUGCAAGCUUCUGCUCUCGGCGAGGUACCUGUAACGCAGAAAGAGAAGAAACUAAUUUUUCUGAAGAGAGCUUGGAAAUGAACAUCUGAAUCACAACAUGGUUUCACGGGCCGUGUGCAUGGUAGCAGACAGGAUAGUUCAGUGCCCACACACUGGAGAUUCAAGACACAUCUGGUGUUUUACCAGGUAUGUAAUGUACAUAAGAACAAUUAGCACAAUCCUUAACUCUCAGAAUUUGUUUGUAUGAGAUGGAGAACAUGGAUAGGUUCCAUGUGCAUUGGGCAUAUCUUUGUAACCAACUGGGUACAGGAACAAUGCUGUAACCCUGGGUGUGCAUUUGUGCGGCUGGCUGGCUGGUGCAAUGUUGAUUUUCCACCAUGCAUAGAUGCAUCGUUUUUAGAACCAUACCUUUGUAGCUCUGGAAUAAAAAAAGUCCUCGGAGGUUUUCCAUCCUGUUAUCAAAUUACUGCAUAUUGGGCCUCACUGGGUAAAAUCUUGACCUUGAAUGUAUGUUAACGUAUUCCUGGGGGUUGUGAGCAUUUAUGUAUUGAGGCUAUAUUGACGUCAGCACGACCAUUGUUAGGGAGUAAGGUUAUUGGCUGUUGAUCUUUGAAAUCUGGAUAGAUGAAUAGUAUCCAUUUACUGCACUGCAUAUUAGUUAACGGAUGGGAUGGGGAUAUGUGAAAGCUAAUUACUUUUAGCAUUUCACAUAAAUAUUACGGCUCACAAGUUUUUAUUAUGCAGUGAAUGCUAUUAUGCUAGCAGUUGCUUCAUCCCCUAUCAUUAGUUUGUUGUUUCUGUAGUUUAUUUUUGUAACUUUGUUGUGAUUGUUGCAAUCAUUAGGGAUGUUCUAAUUACUUAUUGAUUGUCCAUAACGUAUUUCACAGUUGAAGUCAUACAGUGCUCCAGAUUAACUCUAUGAACAGUUUGAAAUUUGUCCUCUCAAGUGACCUCAAUAGGGUGCUUUGAAACACAUCACUUCACUGUGGUCAUAGGGUUGGCAAGUGUCUAUUGCUUUCGAAAAGUAGAAGAAUUUCAGAGCUACUUUAGUUGGUCGGUUUCUCAGAAGGGAACGGCUAUUUUAAGAAGAAUUGCUUAUAUAUCUUUUAACAUGUAAAAUGUUUUCCUGUGUUUUCUCUUCUCAGCCCUGUGAAUUUAUGGCUAAAACCCUUAUCUCACAGGAAAAGGGUUGGCAUACUAACCACUGAACUCCUUGUGCCUAAAGGAUAGCACAUUUAGUUGAGUUGGAGUGAAGAAUGGAUCCAUGUGCCUCCAAGGAAUUUUUGGCAUAGUGGCUCAGUUGAGAUUAUUUUGCUGGAUAUUCUACAUAGGAAUCACUACCUUGUGGUCUAGUCCCACCCUACUCUUGCAACAUCUGUAAGAAAAAAAUGGGUGGGUGAGCCAAAAGGCAUGUUGUGAUGCUGGCAUGGGUAAAACCCAUGUGAUUUAGGAGACUCGUUUAGUUCUUAUGGAUAUUCCUAGAAAAAAGGUUCAGGGGGUGCAUCGCUUCAAUAGCUUAUGGAUGUCGCUUCCACAGAAUCUGUUUGGACGGAGGUUGCAGAAUUAUGGGUUGCACCAUUUCAGAGUGUAAAUGCUGGUGUGAUAUUUCUCCCUUUUUUUAAAAAAAACAACCCCUCUGCAUGUAGUAAACUAGCUUAUCAGGUAGGAAAGCUUCCACUGUAGCUCUCUCCUUGAUGUGCUAGUUUGCUCCAUGCAGGGGACUCAAGUAAAUAAUAGCCCCAAAUGUUAUCACUUUGCUCCACGCAAUACACAUUUCAUUCCCGCUACAAUCUACUUACAUGGAAGAUGGACAGCUUUCAGCCUUGAGUGGCAGCUAUCAGAGAAGUGAAUGAGGUGGUUUGUUUUAAAUUAUAAAAUGCUAUCUAAUUGAGUAUCCUCGAUAAUGUCCUUCUGAUUUUUUUUUAAAAUACUCACACACCAGCCUUUCACACUCAGGGGCAUCUAAACCUCAUUACUUCCUAAGCAACCACUACCGGGUACUAUCUACUAAUAGUUUUAGGGUACUGACCUCACGAGAAAUGGCAGUGGUGCGUAUCCUAAAGCCAAAGUGAAUGAAAGCAAUUUGAAAAGUAGUACUGCCACUGUUGUAAGUGGGAGUCCCCCAAAGUUGACCAGCCUAUCUUAGGUUCUAUUCCAAGACAGAAAGCACACUAUGAGGCCCCAAUGUGGUUUUAUUAGAACUCAAGCACUAUGGUUUUCCCCAACCCUUUUGGGUUUAUUUUUUUUUGUGCUCCCUGUCAGUAAAUUUCUGCUGCUAAUUGAAUCCACAGCUUGACCUCUGGAUAGGCAUGGGGUUUUUUUCCCCGCUGGCAGAACCAGGCAGAGGAGCUUCUCAAAUCAGCAAAGAACUAGUUGAAUUUGGCCGCUAGCAAUAGUGAUUGCCUCCGUGGCCACAGUGAUUUUUGGGGAUGAUGGACGGACUAAAGGGAACCUUCUUGAGGGGCAAUGUGCCCUCAGGUGUGUGACAAUCCUGUCAACAAUCUAAUGGGAUUAUGCCCACCGCAGAAUCAAGCUGGUCUGCACUCCCCUGUUUAUCAAAUGUUCAAUGAGUAAUCUUCAAUGUUAUUGUAGCUGACAAGCAGUGCAGUGGAACAGAGUGGCAAAGAUACUGCUGUAGUUAUGUGCUGUGUAUUCUCUUUGCGGAAAGAAUUAAUUUUUAAAGCCUCAAAAAUCCAGAGAUAAAGCUUAAUUUGAAUUAAAAGCAAGAUUCAGCUUCUCACCUGGUCCAUUCUGUUGCUUAUUUACCAAUUGCAGACUUACUACCAGGCAUUUAUUCCAACAAACAGGAGGAAUACCAAGACAGAUCAUGGCAAUUGCCAAGCAGGCUGUAGCUUUGUAAUAAUAAUGAAUUAAUUAAAAUAAUAAUUUUAUUUAUAUGCCACCCAUCUGACUGGGUUGCCCAAGCAGGAGUAGAGAUUGAUGGAUCAGUCUGUUUUCAGCCCAUGUCAGCUUUGCAUGUGUUCAGUCUGCUCCAUCUUGUUUCCAUGUUAAUUUGUAUUUUUAAAGAAAUAAUCUGCACAAAAAUCCAUAUUUAAAUUAGCACUUUGAAAAAUUUUCUCACAAAAUGCACAGUCCUAAACAUAUUUUCUAUGAAAAUGUGCAUUUCUCGAUGUAUUUUAUCUAAAAAAAGAUGUAUUUUAAAAUGCAUUUUGAUAUUUUUGGAGCAAGGAUUGCAUGACGGAGAGGCACAGAUAACUGAAGGAUAACUGAAGUUCCAAUCCAUGCGUUAGUCCUGGAGACACAGUUCAGGUCAGUUCACAUACAAAUUCACACAUUCAGCAUCUCUGGGCAAAAGUGAAAGCCUGUUGGAGGAAUUCUCCAAAUGCACAAACAGCAAGCAGCUUGCACCCCAGCUGCCUACCCAAGUUGUGCAGUCAAGACAGUAUCCUCGCUCCUAUUAGUGCUGGGUUGCUGCUGCGAGAACAGAAUGCUGCUGCAUGCAAGCAGUAUUUUCUGUAUAAUUUCCCUGACACUACUUUGGUGGCUUUCGUCCUCAUUCCAGCUACAAAGGCUGCAUAAACA